CGACUGCUCCCGCUGACUGGACGCGUCUGGCAAUGGCUCGGCAACCAAAUUCACCAUGAACGUCAGGGUCUGGUGAACUAGGGAAAGUGCAAAGCGACAGCAAGACAACAACCUAGUACGUUGGAAGCCGGUAUCGCUUUCAAACAUCCACAACAAAAGCAAGCGCUCGACGAGAGAGCCAUCUGAUCACGAAUUGAACGAAUCAAUCACCACAUAGACCAUUCAACUACGCCCGCGGUCGCUUCUACCUCUACAGUUCCUGGUAGACGGCCAUCCUCUGCGAGGAGUCUUGCGACUAGGCAAAGUCUUGAUCUCCGUUUCGAUGCCUCUUCUCGACAUCCCCGCAAAUACUCCUGGCCUGAAACGAAGUCACGAAGAUUACGUCGCCGGCGACAACGAUAUGACUCAAAGCAAGUUGUCUUUUACCGCCGCCGUUCACAAUCCUAAUCUAUCCACAGACAUCACACCUUGCCGGAUCCCAGCGACAAUGACCAUCUCUGGCGAUAGUAGUCCGAUCUCUCCCCUCACAGACAGAACACACAGCCCGACGCCUCCAAGGCCUACGAUAGCCAUACCAACCGACCCAAAAACGACCCCGACACCGGCAAAAGUCACAGCACCCGCACCCACUGGCGGCGAACCCCCGGCCAAACGCAAAUGCCUCACAGUUGCUGAAAAGGAGGAAAAGUCCAAGGCCAAGCUGGAAAAGGAACAAGCAAAGGUAGCCAAACAAGCCGAAAAGGCCAAGGCGGAGGAGGAAAAGAAGGCCAAGGCAGAAGAGCGAGAGAAAGAGCGUGAGAAGAAGCGCCUAGAGAAGGAACAGAAACAACAAGAAAAGGAACGCAAGCAGCAAGAAAAGGAGGAGGAACAACGCAAGGCUCAGGAGGCCAAGGACAAAAAGGAAAGGAGCCAGCUCAAGCUUGCUUCAUUCUUCAAGGCCGGUCCCUCGACUCCUAGCAAGGCGACCACAAAGGCUCAACCAAAGGCCGAUGCCUCUCCAAGCACUGCUACCCCGGUUCAAAGUAUAUCCCAGGAUGUUCCUGUGGAUGAAGCGUCCGAGUAUAGAAAGGUGUUUCAGCCUUUCUUUGUAAAGGAGUAUGUCAAGCUUGCUAAGCAAGCUUUCGACUUUGACGAAGCUGCGCUGUUGACGAAAUCACGACAACUUGAUGAAUAUGUUGGAGGCAGCAAGGACUACCAGCCGAAACAAUUCAAAGGCCCAGACAGCGUCGAAUACUUUUGUCUGCCGACCCUCCCACCGCCACGCGGACGCCCAUAUCCCAGUGUUCGAAAGAUUGUGUCCAUCCUGUCCGACGCCAGUACCAUGGCCGGCGCCUCAUCAGCAGCCCCGAUUGACCUCACAGAUUCUCCGGCUCAAGCAGCGCGACGACUUCUAAGCGAGGUUCCAAUGAAGUAUUUGCGCUUCUUCCAAGACGUGCGGCCAGCUUAUUAUGGCACAGUCACAUCGUUGCCACCAUCACUUGCAUCAUACGAUAAAUCAUCCACAACCACUUUACACGCGGCAAGGCUGCGCAAAUUGGCAAGGAAGCCAAUAUCACGCCAAGUUCUUCCCCUGCAAUACGACUACGACUCGGAGGCUGAGUGGGUUGACGACGGUGACGGAGAGGAUAUUGAGGGCGAUGACGAUGAUGACGAUGACGACGAGGAUGAUGACGAAGACAUGACAGAUUUCCUGGACAACUCGGAGGAUUUGAUCAAACGACCAGUGUUUGCAUCAGGCAUGGAACCUGAGAGCAGUGGUUUGUGUUUUGAAGACGCCAGAGCAGGGCCGUCGAGCGACAUGGCCAAGUACCGCAUGGAGUUUAUACUGGACAAUGAGCGUCAAAGCAUCGAUCCUUUCUCCUCUCAGUACUGGCAAACUGAGCCGUGUCAAAAGACGACAGCGCCAACCACGGCGCUGCUACACCCUUCUACUGCCAAAACUGCAUCCAAUGCGUUUGCCGCAUUGUCGGGACCCGGUGGAAAGAAGGCGGCAAUAGUGCCAGCCAAUCUCUUGGACGACUUUAAGCAUGCAAUUCUCAAAUACCCAAAGCUCAGCAAGGUUGGACUGGUAGAGGUGCUGAGCACGCAGUUUGAAAAGUGCACCAAGGCGCAGGUCAAGAACUCUGUCGAGAUGCUGGCAGAAAGGCACGACAAGACUUGGAGGCUCAAGGCCGAGCACGCACUUUGAGCACGCACUUUUGAGGAGAUGAUGGAUUUUCGCUGUUGCUAAUGAUCGACAACGACAAUUACUUUGUGACAUUUUUGGUGAUUUGCAUUCUUGUUCAUACGAUUACUGAGGCGUGCAUAAUUGCACCAUCUACUUGAUGAGGCUCGGCUGUGCAGAUGUGAGACAACAUGGCGCAACGUCGGUCGCUGCAUAUUAUUGGGCGUUUGGUAUUAAGAUGGGAUGUCGGAUUUGGAAUGGGAAACAUGUUUAAUCGGCUUUACCAAAUAUUUUUCCUUGUUUCCGGGCUAUAUUAUAUCAUCAAGACAUGUUAAUAGAUACGAUUUUAUGUUUUUUUUUUUAAGGCAUCUAUCUGUUGGUCAAUUUGCUGUUGGA